ACGACAUCGCAAGUCGCCGGUGGCCGCAUCGACGGACGAGACGAACACAAAUCCUGCGCGCCUCGGGAGACUAGAUGAAUGCAGGCUCGCCUCCUGACCCGUGAGACGGGUGAGCUCGGUCCAAACGAGUUUGCGCGCACCGUCGCCUCCGACCUCGUGCGAUCGUUUGCGCCCGCGCCGCAGCACCGCUUCAAUGGCUCGGUCCUCCAAGGCGCCGACGCGUCCGACGCGAGCGACCGGCCGCACACAAUACGCGCUCACGCCGCCGGCGUCAGCAGCCUGGCGCUAGAAAAGUUCGACGGGCGCCUGCUUGUGUCUGGCGGCGCCGAGGGGGCCAUCAAGAUAUGGGACCUCGAGGAGAGCGGCAACCCGCACAGGCCGCAUGCGUAUCGUCCCGUGGCCACGAUUGCGCGCUCAGCGAGGGACCAACGGGGCGGCGGCCACAGUCACGGGGUGACGCAUCUCGACUUCUACCCCUUCGACCCGGACGCCUUCCUGUCGAGCUCGUACGACAAGCGGCUCAAGCUCUGGUCCACGCAGCGCGGCGCCUUGUCGGCCGAGUUCGACCUCAACGCCACGAUCUACUCGCACGCGACGAGCCCCGUGGCCGACCACCUCCUGGUUGCGUGCGCGACGCAGCACUCCAACGUGCGCCUCGUGGACCUCAAGUCCGGGUCGGCCGUGCAGGCCCUCGUCGCGCACGGCGGGCCGGUCCUCUGCGCGGCGUGGAGCCCGCGCCGGGAGCACAUCCUCGCGAGCGGCCACGCCGACGGCAAGGUGCGCAUCUGGGACACGCGUCGCGCCGGCGGUGUCGUCGCGCAGCUGGACCAGGAGGAUUCGCUGGGCGUGGUGCACCGCUUCCGCCACGCUGCCGCCGCGGGCGCCGACUGGGAUCGCGUGCCGCACUUCCGCGCGGCGGCACAGGCGCACGACGAGGCGGUCAACGGGCUGCAGUGGACCGACGACGGGCGGUAUAUUGUGUCGGCCGGCCUCGACAGGCGCAUCCGGGUCUGGGACGCGGCGACGGGGGCCAACACGCUGGCCAGCUUCGGGUCGCUCGUGCAGAACCAGCACGCCAAGACUGCGAGCAUCGUGGUGACGCCCUCGGGGCUGGCUGACGGCCGCGAACUGCUGUUCUGGGCCAACGACCAGGAGAUUCUCGUGAUGGAUUUGCACGAGGGCAGCCUGGUGACGCGCCUGCGCAGCCCCGGCUCGUCGAACCCAGUUGGGCCACGGGGGAGUGAGAUGGGCAGGAACCGCAUCACGACAGUCGCAUGGCGGGGUGUAGGUGGUGGAGGAAGGCAGAUGGGCUCUGCCAUGGGCGGAGGCAACGCAGUGGGUGGCAUCUAUAGCGCUCACCUUGAUGGGCAGAUCCGCGCGUGGAUGCCGCAGAUACCCGGGCCAGACGAUAUAGACGAGACGGAAGACCUCGAUGAAGAUGAAGAAGUGCGACGGAAGAAGAGAAAGGCCGUCGACGAUGCAUACAGGAGUCUGAUGGGCAGGCAGAUAACUUUUACAUGAGUCCACGCCGUGUGGAUGAGCUAUAUGUAGACUCGCCCUGGACUCGUGGCAAACAAGGACAACAAAUCUAGAUCUAAUCCUGG